AUGGCUUCGUCGGCCGACGAUGUGUUUACAGCGAUUUGCGGUGGCACAUUUGUGUACCCGGCGGUCAUGCAUGAGCAGUAUCAAGACAUCCGGGUGACCAACCGAGACGGUGUUACACUCGGUUCGAUUCGGGAGAUCACUUAUGGACAUGCCAUCUCACGUAUGGUUUCACGGGCGACCGAGGAAAUCACCCGGAUUGACCACACUAGUCGAACCAUUGAAUCUAGGUUCAAGCCUAAUGCCCUAAGCACAUUCAAUGAGUUUAUAGGUUCUGAUCUCUUACGUGACCCUAGCGAAGUUGUUGGCCAAAACUUAUGA